AUGGAACAAGUCACAAGACCUACACAUGGAACAAGUCACAAGACCUACACAUGGAACAAGUCACAAGACCUACACAUGAAACAAGUCACAAGACCUACACAUGGAACAAGUCACAAGACCUACACAUGGAACAAGUCACAAGACCUACACAUGGAACAAGUCACAAGACCUACACAUGGAACAAGUCACAAGACCUACACAUGGAACAACCUUGCCAUCACUUGGAGUACAUCUCAGAUAGACACUUUGUCGCCAAGGCUCUACGGGAGGACUGAUCCUUCCAGCCUUGCCAUCACUUGUACAUCUCAGAUAGACACUUUGUCACCAAGGCUCUACGGGAGGACUGAUCCUUCCAGCCUUGCCAUCACUUGUACAUCUCAGAUAGACACUUUGUCACCAAGGCUCUACGGGAGGACUGAUCCUUCCAGCCUUGCCAUCACUUGUACAUCUCAGAUAGACACUUUGUCACCAAGGCUCUACGGGAGGACUGAUCCUUCCAGCCUUGCCAUCACUUGGAGUACAUCUCAGAUAGACACUUUGUCACCAAGGCUCUACGGGAGGACUGAUCCUUCCAGCCUUGCCAUCACUUGGAGUACAUCUCAGAUAGACACUUUGUCACCAAGGCUCUACGAGAGGACUGAUCCUUCCAGCCUUGCCAUCAAUUGGAGUACAUCUCAGAUAGACACUUUGUCACCAAGGCUCUACGGGAGGACUGAUCCUUCCAGCCUUGCCAUCACUUGGAGUACAUCUCAGAAAGACACUUUGUCACCAAGGCUCUACGGGAGGACUGAUCCUUCCAGCCUUGCCAUCAAUUGGAGUACAUCUCAGAUAGACACUUUGUCACCAAGGCUCUACGAGAGGACUGAUCCUUCCAGCCUUGCCAUCAAUUGGAGUACAUCUCAGAUAGACACUUUGUCACCAAGGCUCUACGAGAGGACUGAUCCUUCCAGCCUUGCCAUCACUUGGAGUACAUCUCAGAUAGACACUUUGUCGCCAAGGCUCUACGGGAGGACUGAUCCUUCCAGCCUUGCCAUCAAUUGGAGUACAUCUCAGAUAGACACUUUGUCACCAAGGCUCUACGGGAGGACUGAUCCUUCCAGCCUUGCCAUCAAUUGGAGUACAUCUCAGAUAGACACUUUGUCACCAAGCCUUGCCAUCAAUUGGAGUACAUCUCAGAUAGACACUUUGUCACCAAGGCUCUACGGGAGGACUGAUCCUUCCAGCCUUGCCAUCAAUUGGAGUACAUCUCAGAUAGACACUUUGUCACCAAGGCUCUACGGGAGGACUGAUCCUUCCAGCCUUGCCAUCAAUUGGAGUACAUCUCAGAUAGACACUUUGUCACCAAGGCUCUACGAGAGGACUGAUCCUUCCAGCCUUGCCAUCAAUUGGAGUACAUCUCAGAUAGACACUUUGUCGCCAAGGCUCUACGGGAGGACUGAUCCUUCCAGCCUUGCCAUCACUUGGAGUACAUCUCAGAUAGACACUUUGUCGCCAAGGCUCUACGGGAGGACUGAUCCUUCCAGCCUUGCCAUCACUUGGAGUACAUCUCAGAUAGACACUUUGUCACCAAGGCUCUACGGGAGGACUGAUCCUUCCAGCCUUGCCAUCACUUGGAGUACAUCUCAGAUAGACACUUUGUCACCAAGGCUCUACGGGAGGACUGAUCCUUCCAGCCUUGCCAUCACUUGGAGUACAUCUCAGAUAGACACUUUGUCACCAAGGCUCUACGGGAGGACUGAUCCUUCCAGCCUUGCCAUCAAUUGGAGUACAUCUCAGAUAGACACUUUGUCACCAAGGCUCUACGGGAGGACUGAUCCUUCCAGCCUUGCCAUCACUUGGAGUACAUCUCAGAUAGACACUUUGUCACCAAGGCUCUACGGGAGGACUGAUCCUUCCAGCCUUGCCACCACUUGGAGUACAUCUCAGGUCCCAAACUGA